CAUGAAAUGCCCCCGAGGUUUUAAAAAACGCACCAAAUACCCUCGCCUGUUUCGAUUCACAUAAUAUACCCCUAUUUAUCCGUACUGUUCAUGACAUGCACCUGUCAGCUAACGCCGUUAGUCUGCCGUUAGUGGUGUUUUACUUAUUUGCCCUUAAUUUUGGUUUAGCGCCAUUGACUUCCUUCACUUUCACAGAAAGACCAAAAAAAAAAAAAACCGUUCACAUUUUUCUCUUUCUCUCUCCUCUCCCCUGUUCUUCUUCAAGCUCUAAUCCUACUCAAACCCUAGAAAUUCUGGGUAGAUCUUCAAUAUUUUUGUGAAUUUUGCUGCGCACCUUAAAGGCGAGUUCGUGGGUUGUGAUUUUGCUUCAAUCGCGACAAAAAAGGGAGAAACUUGAGGCGAUUUCCAGCUGAGUUAGUGUUGAAGAGGAAACGGGAAUUUUAAAGUUGGUUAGUCUACUUCCAGGAUGAGUGCUAUUUGGUUGUUACUACGUUAUGGGUCACAUAGUUUUGAUAUUAGAGUGGGAGACAUGGAAAAAUAUCGUUUGUUGAAGUUGUUUCUUGAUAUCUUUGAGGAAUCAGUUAAGCAAGAUGUUUUUUUGCCUAGUACCUUUAGCUUGUAUGUUGAGGGUCCUUGUGGUAAGGUUGAAUUGAAUGAUGAUAAGACUUUAAGGCUUCUGUGGGGAUGGAAUUGGGGUAAAGACACUGCUGAAAUUUGGGUUGAGGGAACAGAUAAACCAGGAUUGGUGUUUAGGAAUGCUGUUGCAACAAUUGAGAAUCAUAGAAAGGAAAAAGAGAGACAACUUAAGGAGAGACAAGAGGAACUGUUGAGGGCUCAAAGAGAGGAGGAAGAGGCAAUGAGGAAACAACAGGAAAGGGAGGACAUUUUGAGGGAAAUACAGGAACAAAUGGAGUACACUGUGGCUAUGGAGGUCCCUGUUGUUGAUUGUGAGGACAUGAAGGUUGAGUAUGUGAGAGUCAUUAGCAAAGAUGAUGCUGAUGAGGUGUUUCCAGGUUGCUCUCAACCACAACAAACACAAGAAUCCCCAAAGAAACAACCCACCCCACCCAAACACACAAAUCAUGUUGCUUCUAAGUCAAAAGGCAAGGAUAAGCCUGCUUCUAAGAAACUAACCCCCAAAAGGAGGGCAUCAGCUAAACAACCCACCCCACCUAAACAACCCACCAAACAACCUACAACACCACCCCCACCACCCCCACCACAGAAAGAACCCACCCAACCAAAACAACAACAACACACACCACCACCAGAACAUCCCACCUCUCCACCACAACAACAACAACACACACCACCACCAGAACAUCCCACCUCUCCACCACAACAUCACACCCCUCCACCACCACCACAAAAUCCCACUCCACCACAGAACAACCAAACUGAUGAGCCUAACAAUCAAGCACCACCUGAUCAAGCUCAGCCAGUGAAAAAGAAGGGGGGCAGAGCUAGACCUGAGGGGUUUAGGGUUAACAAAGUCACUGCUAAGAAGGCUGGAACUUGGGUUUCCAAGGGAAAGGGAAAAGGGAGAAAGGGUACAGGAAGGUCUAAGACACCAGGGGUUUUUGCUGAUGUUGGUGAGAUAUGUUCAGAAGAGGAGAGUGAGGAUUCUGAUUAUGAGGAAUCAGAUUCUGAACAAGAGGAUGUUCUGAAUGAUUGGAUUGAUUCUGAUGUUGAUGAUGAGGUGAUUCCUGAUGAUAUUCCUGAUUUGGGGUUUGAGGAUUGUCUAAAUGGUUCCUCAAAGAUGGAUAAGGCCUAUAAAAAUGGCAAAAUAUGGACUGAUCAACCAUAUGGGUCCAUUAAGUUAGAACCCUGGUUGAUCUUUCAUGAUAAGGCCACAUUUCUUGAAGUGUUGAGAAGUUACUGCAUACAGGAGGGGUUUGGGCUGUUGAGAGGGCUGACAAUAGGAGGUACACAGCAGUGUGUGCAGUGGAGUCAUGUGACUGGAGGAUACAUGCCAGUAGGUUGUUUGACAAUGUUAGCUGGGCCAUUAAGGUGAUCAGUGGGUCCCACAGAACUUGUGGGAGGCUUGAGGAGAAUCCAGUGGUGACCUCUGAGUGGUUGUG